CAGUGGACCAGCUGAGUUGUCGUGACAGCAACUGUCAAAAGUGUCAAAAUAUUAGUUGAAUUUGUUGAAAAUACUGCGAAAAUUUGCUCUAUUUUCGUGAUUUUCUCCCCUUUCGCAGGACUCUGCCCCCGCAGUUGUGCAUAAAAAGUGUGCAGUGUCCGUGAUUUGAUUUUUUGUUGAGAGAAGUUUGUGCGAUUGAUGCAAUCUUACCCACGAAUGGCCAUGAGGCGACUGGGUAGGCAGCCAAUGUGAUUCGGGAAGACAAAAGUGCGAGAGAUCCUGCUUUUGAAUUUUCUCCGUGAUAUCUUGGGAGCUUUGAGCAUCUCUCUCCUGCUGGGUACUGCGGGUAUCAUCAUCUUGUGAGGUUCUUUUGGUUUUUGGGGUGAAAAUGAGUGGACGUGUUCGCCUCAAGGAGAAUAAUAUUCUGGACGAGGACCUGCCCAGCCUCCUCGAAAUUGUCUUCAAAUUUCUCUCUGAGAAUCUCUCCGUGGUGUGCGAUGAGAAUAAAUUUGACCACAAUCUGGAGCUCAAUGAGGGGGUUUACAUACCAAAUGAAAUUUGUGAUAGAUUACUGAAGUACUACCAAGACUGCAACCAGGACAUCAAUAAUCACUUCAUAUACAUCUUCCGGGAUACAACGCGAACGCCCCUCAAGUAUGUGUCGCUUCGGAAUUCCACAAUAACAGAUGAGGGCAUGGAGAUUCUCUUGCGCCACAAUCUUGUCUCCCUCUCGAUGUGGUACUGUGACAGUGUCACGACAAAUUCCUGGCGAACACUCAUCGAGCAUAGUUCGCAGCUGAAAUCACUGGAGCUGGGCAAAUAUGUGGAUAUGCUCAAGUUUAGUGAACCAAAUGAGAAGACACCAAUAGAUUUUCAACUCAACCUGCCACAUCUUCGUCGACUCACGCUCAAUGCUGUCGUUCUUCAGCCAUCGCUGCAAUUCAGCCACCUCAAGGAGCUUUCAUAUUUAGAUCUGACAUCGUGUAUUUUCGCCGAAUUUAGCUUAGAGGCAUUAGUUAGUCUUCCUAACUUAUCCACCCUCAUACUCUUCAACGUAUGGCCAUUGGAGAAGGAAUUCAGGACGUUGUGCAAAUUCAAAAAGCUCCACACACUCGAUAUUUCCGUGUCUAAUCCCACGGGCUAUGGCAUCUACAAGGACCCCAAUAUUGUUUUGGCUAAUUUAGUGGAGAAUCUACCCCUUUUGACGCACUUGGAUAUCUCUGGGACAAAUUUGGCAGGGACUGGAGUGGCGCAAUUUGAGGCGAAGGAAAAGGUGAAGAGUUCCGACAUCCCAGGACUCGUUAGUCGGGCAAGUAGGCCCCUUCAGUUCUUGGGACUCUACAAUACCGCCCAUUCAGCUUGCCGUAGGCAUGAUAUUCCAGCCAUUACGAUAUCUGGCGAGGCGAAUGAGGAACAGAUCCUCACGUCAGCCGUCGUGUACCAGGAUCGCCCGAAUUUACUCACCAAAGUACUCAAUGACCUGUACCAUUUGCUUCGCUUUGAAACAUGCAGAUCCAUUCAUAGAGCCCUUGAUGUUGUUCUCAAUGCAAUGGAUAGGCAUUUGCGUGUUAAACAUAUGCAAAUAUCAGGAAGCGCAACACUCUUUUACAUCGUCAAGGGACGAGAUAAGAGUAAAUUCGGGACACCGCUGAAGAAUCACAUCAUCAGAACACUCCUAAAUGGGAUGUCGGCCCACUUGUCCGAUGAUACAAUGAUGAGAAAUGGCUGCCUCACUCUAUGUCAAUUCACAAUCCCCAACGAUGUGUUAUUUGAAUAUGAACGCCUCGUGAGGAUUCUCCUGCACGGUGUCUCAGAUACGGAGCAAGAGGGCUUUGUCCAGAGGAUAGCCAUUUACUUGCUAAACUCUCUAGCGUGUCAGGUUGAUGGGCGACAGAAGCUCUUUCUCGGGGAUUUAGGAGCAAUCUCGACGAUGCUCAGUUUAAUCAAUGAUAGACUCACGCGGAAUGUCUUUGAUGACGUGAUGGAGGUAGCAUGGUCCACAAUGUGGAAUGUUACUGAUGAAACAGCAAUAAAUUGCAAGAGAUUUCUCGAUGGGAACGGAAUGGAAUAUUUUCUUGGCUGUCUCAGAUGCUUUCCGGAAAAGGAUGAGCUGCUGAGGAAUAUGAUGGGUCUACUGGGGAAUGUGGCUGAAGUGAAUGUCCUUCGGCAUCGUCUGAUGACAUCUGAGUUCAUUACGGUGUUUGCAAAUCUUCUGGAUUCAAGUAGUGAUGGCAUUGAGGUGAGCUACAAUGCAGCCGGGGUGUUGGCUCACAUUGCCUCAGACGGUGCCGAGGCGUGGAGCAUUGAGACGCCGUCGCGACGGGAGGUGCUGAGUCGCAUGGUGAAUGCCAUAGAAAGGUGGGAUCUGCACACGGAGAGGAAUAUCAAUUACCGCAGCUUUGAACCAAUCUUCGGGCUUGUUCGAUGCUACGAUAUUCCAGAGUGUCAGCACUGGGCCAUUUGGGCAUUGGCCAAUUUGACAAAGGUUUAUCCAGCAAAGUACUGUCGCCUUGUGGAGGCUGAACAUGGGAUUGAGUUGCUGUACGAACUGAUAACGCACAGGAAGCCCUAUACGCGGAUAAAGGAGCUGGCGCGCAUGGUUCUGGAUCAUUGUGCUCAGAAUAACCAGAUGACACUCGACGGAUGAAACGCACUCAUCUGGGCCAUUGCCGGCCCCCACGCGGGCGACACUCAGACGGUUUAGUGAGACGGUCCUUUGUACAUAUAGACACACAUGAAGGGAGGUCGUUUUUAGUUGAUAUAUAUAUAAUACCUAUACCACGUGAGGAAGGCGCUAUGUAAGUUACUCUUCUUUUUUUCUCUUCUCCUUCCGCCCCUUUUAAUUACCUACUCCUCUACAACUACUCUCCCUGUUUAAAAAAAGAACAAAAUAUUUCUUCUUUUCCACAAAAAGAUAAAUUUUUUGAAGGAAAAGUUGAUUUUUUCUUUAAAAAAAAAUUUUAAUGAGAAAGAUUGAAAAUCAAUGAGCUUUCCUGUGAGAAUAUUUUUUGAAAAAUGACUCAAAGAGGCAAUUUUUUUUGCAUGUGUGGGUGUGAAAAUCAAUGAAGUUUAUUUUUUAUCUUGUUAAAUUGGCAGCUUGAAGGGAUAUAUUGCCUUCAAUUUGAAAUUAUUUUAUUCUCUAAUCUUGUUAAUAUUAAUUUUUGUUUUUGGCAAAUUAUCCCAAAAAAAAAAAAUUAUUCUGUAAAAACGUUGAGUUUUUUCACUCUGUGAAUUUUUCCUCGAAGGCUGAUGUGCUGUACAAGAAAAACAGAGAUUUAAUUGGAAUAAGAUAUAACAUUUAGGUAUGAAGUAGGGUGUCCCAUAAAAAGUGCAGAAAUUAAUUUUGAAAUUGUUUUUGAUGGAUAUUUUUAUUUUAAAUUAAGAUAUUUUGUGAAAAAAAUUGAAUAUUUAAUUCUCCUAUUCGAUUAAAGAUUAUAAGACGUUUUAAGGCGUCAACUGACAAUUUUUUAAUGUAAAUUUUACAAUGUGGCUAGGAAAUUAAGGCAUGAUUUUACCGGCGAAUAACUCUUGAUUGGCGUGAGAUAUCUGAAAACUUCUGCCGCCAAAAGAUGUGUAAAGUCAAAGUGUUUUAUUUCCUUUUUAUUUCAAGUCGAUAUCAUAAAAAUUGUAGCCGCUAGAGCAAAAAAAAUAUAAAAUUUAUCUUUUUUAUGGAAAAUGAUGAAAUAUACUGGAUUUCAUGUCUGUUGAGUUUCUCAAAAUCCAUUAAAAUGAUCCAAAGAUCAUUAAACAAUUAAAUAUUUGACUAAAUUUGAAUUAAAGAGGCCUUUCCUGACUUUAUGCGAUCAAAUAUUCAAGCAUUCUAAGAAUAUUUUUGAAUAAAAUGAGAUAUUGCCAUCAUGGACAAUUCAGCGUUAACCCUCCAUAUACUAUGAGGGGUAGGUGAUCGACCCCAGAGUUAUAUUUCGAUGAUUUCGAUUAAUUGCGCCUUAGUUCUUAGAGGAAUAGAAGUAAGCUUCUGGAAAUAAGUUCCUUGGUUAUCUGAAAAGAUUGUGUAAAAAUUUGAGGUCAAUCCGACCACCAAAAAAAAGUUAUUAACAAAAAUGUAAGAAGAGGGAAUUCAAAAAUUGGUGUAACGGUCAAAUUUAUUCCAGUUUUCUUCCAUUGUCACUCUUUGUCUCUAGAAGAUUCUAACCUCAAAAAAAUUAUUGAAAAAAUCAUCAAAAAAUCCAUUGAAAAAUUUAUUUUUGUGUUCUAAAAUGAACAAAAGACUUCUUAGGGAGUACCAAGGAGUCUAUUAAAGCUCAUUUGACCGAAAGAAUUUGCUUUUUUGCGAAAAAUUGUAUGGGAUCGGUCAACUUAGCCAAUAGUAAUCCGCGUAAGUGUUUUGGUCACGUAUAUGGAGGGUUAAUUUGACAUGAAAAGCAGUAUAUUUGUCAUAAAAAACGCUUCUAAAUAUUUAUUUUUAUUCUGAAAUAAAAAAACAAAUAAAACUUUUUGAGUUUAUGCAAUCAAAAGUUAUUCGCCGGUAAAAUCAUGCUCUAAUUUCCUUGCCACCGCGUAGUAAGUAAAAACUGCUUGGAAUGGCUUGUUCACAAUUUGUCUACGAAGACAUUUCUUUUAUUUAAGUUUGUUACAUUAAAACAUCAACUUUUGUGAUUUUUUAUUGAGAAACUGAUACAUUUUCAUCUGUAAAAGUGCCCUCAUGUGGACACAUCCCGAUAACACCUUACUACGAGUCUUAAUGAAAAAGAAUAAGGAUACCAAGGGGACCAUUAUGUCCAUUUCUGGUAUUCCCGCUUCACAAUACUUUUUUAUCUUUUAUAAUUUUUGUUGUUAAAAAAAAGAAAGCAAUAUUUUUAUUUUUAUUUAAUUUUUGCACUUUUCCUGGGACACCCUGUGGGAAAAUUUUCUUUUAGAGAAAUCUUUCUCAAGAGGAAUGCGAAGGUUUUUUUUUGUUUUAUCAGUGUACAUAAAAAUUACAUUUUAAGACAUUAUUAUUAAGAAGUUAUAUGACGUAGAAGUUGACAAGUUUUUGUGAAAACUUGAUAAUAAAAUUAAAUUAUAAAAAAAAUGAUAAAGAAAAAAAACGUAUAAAUAACUCCUGCUGUGGUAUAUUUUUUUCGUGAGGCAUAUAAAUUAGGUGAAGAAACUUUGCUUUAUGUAAUUUUCGUGUUACAGAGAAUAAAAAAGAAAAUGUGAGGAAUGAAAGAAAUACAAAAGGAAUAUAAAUUUAGUAUUAAGUUUCAUGCGCGAGGGAUAUUCAAAUGAAAAAGAAAAUUAAAGAAAAAUUCAUAAAAAUUGCAUUGAAUGAAGAAUUAAGGAAAGUUUGGAGAUAGAAAAGAAAAACAUUUUUUUUAUCUAGUUUGUGUUUAAAAUAUCUUUUUAUUAUUGACUUCAUUUUUAAAUACUCUUAUUGACAGUUUCUACGAUUUUUUUCUUCAUUUUUGUUUCUCUAAUUUUCUAAGAUUCCUAUUUAUUUAUUUUUUACCUUUUGUUCACAAACACACAAAAAUAUUUUAUUCUGCUCUACAGAUAUUAUUUUGUUUUAAAAUUUUACUUUUUUUCUAACAAUUUUUAUUCUCGUCAAAAAUCUUCCCACACUAUGCUAAAAAAAAUUAAUUUUUUUUCAAAGGUUCUAACAAAAUAUUUAGGAAAAAAGUGGGAAUUUUUUUUUGAAAUUUCAUUUUAACUCUUCUCUCUGAUCUUGUACUAUACAUACAUAUAUUUAACAAAAUAUAUCUCCAUUCAUUUCUUCUUCGUGAUUUAUUGCAGUUUACUUACAAAAAAAAAUCAAAGAAAAAUUUUUAUUGGAAGGAAAUAAAACUUUUUUAGGAUGGAAAUCGAGGAAAAUACGCGUGAAUGAGAGAUUCAGCAAAAAAAAAUUAAAGGGAUAAAAUAUAAAAUCUACAAAGUUACAAAUACAAAACAAAAAAAAAUUAAGAAAUCUCUUUUUCUUCUGUUAUGUGAGAGAAAAUUUAUAUAGAAUGUAUAAAAAAAGGGAGUACUUGCAACUAAAAUAAGAUUAAAAAUUUAACACAUUUAAA